AUGGGAAUAUUGCCCUUCAGGAUCGACAUAUCGAAAGGAGAAGUCGAACGGCUGAAAAGGAAAUUGCAAGAUACAAGAGUCCCGAUUGCUCCCAUUGUUCCUGGAGCGGGUAGCGACUAUGGUCCUCCAAUUGAAUGGUUUCAUCGUCUUUGCAAAAAGUGGCACAACGACUUUGACUGGUUUUCUGUGCAAGAACAUUUGAAUCGACACGAACACUUUCUCGUUGAUAUUGAUGAGGAGAAUUUCCAGUUGAGAUUACACUUCACGCAUACCAAAUCUGCAAGAGCCGAUGCCAUUCCACUUAUCAUGGUUCACGGCUGGCCUGGCUCGUUCCACGAAUUUGACCGUGUAGUCGACGCCUUCGUCAGCCCCGAGAAUCCUUCAGACCCAGCAUUCCACGUCGUGGUGCCGAGUUUACCCGGGUUCUGCUGGUCUUCUCCACCACCUCGACGAGGUUGGACCAUGCAAGACACAGCCCGAGUCUUCAACAAACUCAUGCGUCAGCUUGGGUAUGCAUAUUAUGUCGUGCAGGCAGGUGAUUGGGGAUCAUUCGUCGCCCGUGAGAUGGGCGCAAAGUUUACAGAGUGUAAAGCAGUGCACCUAAAUUUUUGUCCAGGGGAUCUGGGUGACGGCAUCACAGACCUCACACCCCGCGAAAUGAAAAUUAAAGAGAGGUACCACGAUUGGCUGGAUAACCAUCUCGGAUACGCCGUUUGCAUGCGAACCCGCCCGCAAUCUAUUGGCGUCGCUCUGAACGACAACCCAGUCGGCAUACUCGCCUGGGUUGGCGAGAAGUACAUUGAAGCCGCAGCACCCGUAAAAGUCGAGACUCCGGAUGCGGAAUGGGACCAAGCAAUCCUCACCACAUGUUCCCUGUACUAUUUCACAGAUUGCAUCAUGUCUUCGACCCUACCGUAUUUCGAAGGAGUCAAGCAUGCGGAUUUUGGGAACUUCUGCUUGAAGCAGGAAAACUAUAUCAGGGUGCCCAUGGGAUACACCAGCUUUCUUUAUGAUACUAGGCCCGCGACCGAGAGGAGUGUGGGAAAGACAGGGCGACUGGUGUUUUAUAAUGAGUGUGAUGAUGGCGGUCAUUUUGCUGCGUUGGAACGGCCGGAUAUCAUUCUCGCUGAUUGUCGCCGCUUCUUUGGCGAGUGGUUUAAGGGUUGA